GAUUUUAGUGGUUUUAAUUAAUUUAAACUAUGAUAUUAUUCAUUGGUCUUCAUUUCAGGAAAUGCUGUCAUUCAGGGAUGUGGCCAUUGAUUUCUCUCCAGAGGAGUGGGAGUACCUGGAGCCUGUUCAGUGGGAUCUGUACAGGGAUGUGAUGUUGGAGAAUUACAGCAACCUUGUGUUCCUGGGUCUUGCUGUCUCUAAGCCACAGCUGGUGACAUUUCUGGAGCAAAGACAAGAGUCUACUGGUGUAAAGAGACAAGUGAUCUCUACACCAAAGAGAAUAUUAAUUGGGUCAAACCCACAAUUCCAUCACACAGAGACAGGCAGGGGCAGAUGGCUCAACACUUUCACUUCUGUUUACUAA